CGUUUUCUGUUGCAGAGUGUGCUUCAGAGAGAGAGAGAAAGAAGAGAGAACAGAUGAUAGCGAAGUGUGCCUCCCCCAUUCCCAUUGCCAUUGCUGUUCCCAGCAGCCAUAGCCACAGACCUUCACUGAGACCCAUCAACAUCAUCAUCAAGUGCUCUGCUUCUUCUUCAACUUCAUCAAAUAUCAACAGUUCUGAACACCUUCGUUCUCAGCUCGAUCAUCUUCAUGCUGAAGCGAACACCACCACUACCAAGGCAAAUAAUGCUAGAAUGAGGCUCCUGCGGCUGUCAGAAGCUGCAGAGAAGCUCCAAAAACAAGCAGCUAUAAGCAUUCAGAGGGGAGAUGAAAAUGGUGCAAGGGAAAUGCUUUUCCAGAGGAAGAAGGUGUUGCAAGCUCUGGAAAAGUCUAAAAGCCGCAUCGAAUUGCUUGAUGAGCUAUCCACAAAGCUAAGCGAGGCAAUAUCUUUGAAAGAAAGUCAGCUCAUUGGGUCCACAAUGAACAUGGAAGACACAAUAGAAGAUGCUUCAAGUCCCAUUCGAAUUGUUGCACCAACGGAGGAGGUUCAAGAAGAUUUCUCCGAGGAUGACUCAGAACCAAACACAAUGAAUUUCAGUGAUAUUCAAGGGAACCGACUAGAUGAUGAGGAGGCUGUGAAUAUUCAGGGAUCACUUAGCAAUGACAGUUGGAAUGAAGACAAUACUGUUAGCUGCUUGUCAUGUACAUCUGCUUAUGACGAAUUCCUGGAAAAUAUAGAUAAAAAGCUUGACGAAAUUGAAGCUGAACUAGUUACUGUUUUGAAUGUCUCAACGUUGGUUCUGGACAGUGAAGAGAGACCAAAAAAUUCCAGGUUGCAACAAACAACAGAACUUCUCGAGAGCAUCCGCACAAUAAGACAGAGAAUUGCAAGUAUCAAUGUAUCACAGAGUCAAAACUGAGGAUCUGAUCAAUUUUGUGUUGCCCAACUCAUCUUCUGCCGCCAGGAACAAGAAAGGCACAUGGGAUAUGGCUAUUAUUACAACAAAUAGCAUUGUUGAUUUUUUUCAAAUACCGCUAGUCCUUCCAACUUUCUUUGUCUGAUCCCAUUACAGAAGUAGCAGAUUGGAACAAAUUGCCUAAGGACUAAGGAUAACUCAGUGAAGUAGCUUGUCAAUGCCUAAAACUUCCAUUGUGCUUUCUGCUUAAGGUAGCUACAAGGUGUGGAGUUUGUAAAUAUGGCUUACAAGAUUCACAUUUUAUACUAUUUUGUUCCAUUCAAUACCACAAAAUCCAGUCAUAUUGGGAGGCUUUGCAACUAUGGAUGAAAUUCCAAUGACAAUAGUUAAUAUUUUGUUUAAUCAUUACUUAGAUCGCUGACUAAUGAAACCAUUUUUUUCCCGGUAUUAUUGCUAUUUUUCUUGCCGUUGUUAUUAUUUAUUUAUUUUGUAAGUAGAAAAAGAUGGAAUUAUGAUUACAAUUGUUUCAAAACUUUUUAAAACACUCAUUAGAAUAAGUAACUAUAAUUACAUUAAUGAAUAUAUUAGCACAUUCAUUAUAUAUGAUAUGAAGCAAGCAAUGGAUAUUAUUUUGUGGCAAAAAUGGGAUCAAACUAUUUAUAUGAAAGAGCGUGAUUUUUAUUCAGUUAAAAGAGUACAACAGCAAUCCAAAUUGUGUAUUCUGUUCACAUUGGUGUAUGACAUCACACCAGCAAACAAAUGGAACUUGCACUAAGAACAUCACUGACAACCAUGAUAAGAUACCUUUCACUUUUGAAAUAUUUGUGCAAGAUCAAAAGGGUAGUGCUCCCACCUCCUAGUGCAUCCAUAUUCCAUGGUUCAUAAUGCCUAACAACCCAAGUAAAUAUUUGAAUUAGACAUUUACCAUAAGGUCAGCAACACUAAUCUUGCCAUAGAUGCCACAACCCAAGGAAUCAAAUUGUUUGCUUAUUUGCAGAAUGUCAGUCUCAGUUAUUUUUCCCAUUUCCUUGAGCUUGUAGAUAAGAAAUUCGGACUUGCUGCAAGAACAAAUGUGAAAGGUUAGAGGAUUGAGAAGAGUGAAAUAUGUUAUUACUCAUUUAUUCCUUCCUUGAGGGUGGAGAAAAUGGUGUAUGCAAAUAUACUGUUCUUGGAUUGGAUAUCAGUUAUUAAUGUUGAUCUUGAUGAUGAUGGUUCUUUCAUUUCUGUCUCAUCAUGCAUUGAAAUGCUAUUAUGUAACUACACCUAGUUUAUCCUAUAAUUUUUGUCAUUUCAAUUUUCAAGCGACUAAAACUAGCUUAAGCUAUAAAUUUUGGCCAAUGUUGUGUCCAUUUCUGCUUUUGUAACUUAAAUGCAUUGAAUUUGAAUGAUUCUAUUCUUCUGCAUAUUGUGAAAAAAGGACAAGGAAACAUGUAAUAAGAAAAACCAAACUCAACAUACCUUAUUGAUCCAUCAUUAUCAAGGUCUGCAGCUACUAAAUCUGACAUAGUUAUCUUCUUAUGAAGAACCAAUUUUGCCACCUUACGUUUCCUCUUGUGCAUGCUAUAAUCAGUUAGGUACAGAAAGGCCCUAGCAACUGCCAAUGUACUUACCAAAAGCCAGAUAAUUGCAAAGCAUCUUCCGGUUACAGUUUUGAAAGCAUAAUCGCCAUAACCAACUGUCGUAACAGACGUAAUGGAGAGAUAGAAACUGUCUAUCCAAUUCAUACCCUCUAGAAAGUGAGCGGUGACUGCUCCUGUUGCGAUGCAGCCAAUGACAACAACCAAAGCUAAAGAAACUUUUGUCCGGAUUCGCAUUCUUCCUUUCUCUUCAUCAACUAUGUAAGUCCAGAGAAUUCUCUUAUAUCUAUUCUCAUCCAUCAUGCUCAAUGUGAAUGCUUCUUGAGUAUCACAGAUGUAUUCAACCAAGCUGCUGAGGAGAAAACCAGUAAGUCCAAAACCAACCAAAAUGAAACCACAGGUAAAGAUCUUGGUAGAUGUUGCAUCAGGAACAAUAUCUCCAAAUCCAAUUGUGCUUAGAGUUACUACCGUGAAGUAAAUAGCAUCUAUAAGCUUAAGUGUGGUGGUACCCUUGAAACUCCCAUUUAUCAUGUACACUGCAACACCAAUUGCCAAAUACAAGAAUACAGAGACGAAAGAUACCCUUACCAUUAAGGUUGAUGAAUUUUGUAUAGGUCUAGGUUCAGAGGGCUCAUGAAAGUCUAUGCCAGUGUUGGUGAAUAGUACGGCCGGUGCAGAACGUGAGCGAUGUGCAGUCAUCCUUUUUGAGAUGCUCAAGUUUUCUAAGAGGUUUAUAUAAGGAGAUGUGGAUUGGCUCAGUGAUGGAGCAGCAAGAACAUGAUCAUGGAGACACAGUUCAUGGUGUGAUGUUUGUGUGCUUGGUGGUGAAUGUGCUUCUUCUCCUUUGCUGGAGAAGGGACUCAUGCAUAGUGAAGACAACAUGGUGCAUUCAGAUACAGUUGGAGACUAAUGCUAGCAUUAGCAAGCAAGAAGCAAUGUUCAUCCAACUACAAGUCAAACUAGAAGAAUGAAGUGUUGGUUCUGAAUUUAGCUAUUCACCUAAGAGUCAUAUGGCUCUAAAUUGCUACAUGUUAUAAAGAACUAUUCAUAAGUUACCCUACUAAACUAUUGUUUUGAUGUUUUUAAUAAUAUAUUAUUUGGCUAA